CGGAAACUUUGGAAUUUUCUGAUUUUGACAGCGGCAAGGGACGGAGGAACUUCGAUGUGCUCCUGCGAUGGAUGAAUUAGAAGUGCCAUAUUACGUCGAUGGCGACCUAGAUGAGUACUAUGAUGAUCCUGAUGAAGCCUUGUUGUACGAACAUUUGGAAAAAAUGUCUAAGUAUGGGCGAUUUUUCUACAUGUUCCAGUCUUGUGUGGGACCGACGACUGUCCAGACAUUUGACUUGGUCGGUCCUCUCUUGGUAAUGUGCUUUAUUCUACGGGUUGUCUCGGCACUUAAACUUCCAAGACUUGUAGUUCAUUUCGUUUCAUUUAUCUGUGGACUAGGAGCUUUAUUUUUGUUCCUGAAAAAAAACUUGGUGUAUCCACUGGCCAUGAGCGCGCUUGGGUAUCUAAUUCUGUUCGUGAAGCACGGAAAUAGAGGGAUGGUAAUGGCUUCGACUUCAGUCAUGUUUUUAAUCAUAUGGUGCGUCUUGUUGUUUAUAAUCUCUUUCAUUUAGUUCUUUGACCCUGCUGAAAAGGAAUUUGUUGUAGAUGACAGAGGCACAUCCAGAAAUUUUGGAAGGGGGGAGCCAAACUUUUAUUUAGAAAAUAUAAUUUUAUAUUAGUAUUAUUAUCUUUUUUCCACUUGAGCCUAAAUGAGGUUGAAGUAUUUAAAGGAAAUUUUUAACAUGCCUAGUUUAGUAAUGAUAUGUCAUCCUCUGCUAUAAGAAUUUUGGUCCCUGUCAAAUAAUUAAAGAAUCACUUAUGUCUGAAGAGUGGGGUGGGGUGGGAGGUUGGGGCUGAAUCCCCCACACCCUUCCACCUGGUUCCCCAACUGGAUAAGAGCCAAAAGCAUCUGAAUAGUGCAUAGGAGAUCGUAGCCUGUUUAAGCUUUUUGUUAAUGAGUUUAAUAAAAGGCAGAUGAGUUAAGAGAAAAUCACCGGGAACCUGAGAGAGAGUCCUCCUUUUCUUCUUUUUAUUGUAUUUUCAAUACAUAUACUUACAAUACAAUAUGGACAUUACUUGCAAGAAAAAAAAGGGGUAAAAAGUAUACAACUACAUACUUUUAAUUUUAACCUACUGUAGGCUGUUUUCUCCUUGUUGCCUCAAUGCAUCUAUUUUGCUUGCAUACCCCUGCUGACAUAGAAGCCUGGCCAUGUUAGUUGAAAAGCAUUUUUCCAUUUUUCCUAGGUACACACAGUGAACCUUUUUCCCUGCAUUCUCUGUUGCCUCUUUAGUGCGUGAAGCAAUAAAGAGUCUGGCUAAUUAUGUACAACUUAGUUCUUUGUUUUAAUUCUUCACAGUGAACUGUUUAUUGUUACACCUGAAAACUGGCACCAGGUUCGAGGUAUUUCCUAAAAAAUCAUUUCAUUCAUAUCAGAAAUACUUAGUCCUUGUUAUUCUAUGAUAUGACCUCUCAAUCAAAACAUUGAUCAUACUAGUUGGUAGAAAGAAAUUCUUAAAGCAGAACCUGACAAAGAAUGUUUUUAUUUAAGUAUAAUAAAACUUUUUAUUUUUAUAUUGCCCCAAAUUCAUUGUUAAAGUAUUUCUUUGUUUUAAAUAGCACAUGCUGAGACAAUUAAGUCUGUUAUUUUUGUUACUGUUUCAUAAAUUGUGUAUAUCACAUGAGGUGAUUGGGAAGAAAUAACUUACUUAAUGAUAACUAGAAUCUGAUUUUUCAGGCUCUCAGAUGGUACUAGUAAUGAAGCUUAUUUCAUUGGGUUUUGAUAUGGAUAAAGGUACAACUCCUCGGCCUAACAUCGUGGAGUAUCUUGGGUACUCUGUGUCAGUCAGUUCUGUCAUCUUUGGACCUUUUCUGACAUAUUCAGAUUAUUGCCAGCUUUUGGAUGGAAAAAAGUUGGUAAGAUAAAGGAUAAAUUUUUAGCCUUACUUUGCACAUAUAAUCUUUGUGCCUACAAGUGGUGAAUAGCAUUGCCAGGAAUGGCUAUCAGUUGUAAUUGGUAUCAGCAUUCUCAUUAUCAUAUCGUAAUCGUCACUGUGGUUAGGGUCAUUAGUAUUAUAUCUGUUGCUUGUCACUGUCAUCCACAUCAUCAUUAUUAGUUUUUACGCAAUCAUCAUCAUUGCUGGCAUCAUUCUUACUCCAAUUUUGUUUGUAUACUUUCUUUGUGCUGAGUUAAAAUCAAUGUCUGUGAAUAUAUGAAAAUCAUGUAUAUAUGAACUGGGGUUUAAGAAAGGAAUUUGAAAGCGAUCUUCACAGUAAUGAACACUACUUAAGCAGUAGUUUAAAUAUUAGGCCUGAAAAAAAUUCAGACCUGGUCUGGAUAUGAACCCAUGACUUCUGGGAUACCAGUGCAGUGCUCUACUAAACAAGCCAACUGGGAGCUGGUCAUUAUGUAUAUGGUCAUUAUGUUGGUUUGUAGUAAACCAGUGAAGUGAUGAAUCAAUGUCUAUGAAUAUUUGAAAAUCUUAUGUGUGAACAGCAGUUUAAGAAAAGAAUUUGAAAGCAACCUUAGCAGUAACAAAUGCUACUUAAGCAGGGGUGAAAAUAAGACCUGAAAAAGAUCCUGGCCUGUCUAUGAUUUGAACCGAUGACCUGCAAUACCAGCACAGAUAUGUUCACUUGAUAAAAUCUAAUUAACCCUUUAACUCCCAAGAUUUUAUUAAUAAUUCUCCUUACUGUCUGCCAUACAAUUCAAUUGAUGUUAGUUUAGAGAAUUUGGAAUUGGAUCAAUCAAUAAUCCCCUAAUUGAUAUUUUUCUUUAUUCUCAUUACUUGUCUGUUAAUAUUGUACUGAUAGUGUAAGGAGAAAUUCUGUCUUGGUCACUAGUGGGACUUAAAGGGUUAAACUAAGUAAAAUGUACCACUAUUUCUCUCUCCUCUUUUUCAGAGCUUUGCCUGGUUUUUAGGAGUAGUAAGGAGUUGUUUUCUGUCCUAUUGUUGUUUAAUAGUUUCAGCUUGUGUUGCACCAUGGAUGUUUCCAGAGGACUCUUUUAAGUAAGUGAGAUUUCAAAUAAUAAUUGAAAGAAAUAAUUCGCUAGUAAAUUAAUGGCUUGUGUAUUUGACAUUUGGGUAGAUAAUCUUAUGGUGUUAAGAGAUCAAAAGAAAUUUUAAUUAAUAAUUUUUUUCCACUUAUUUUUAUCAACAUCAUUCAGUAAAUAGAAUAAGAGAGAUGGUAAGUGUUAGAGCCCAGUAAAGAAACAGAGAAAGAUGUUUUUUUGUCUUGUCAUGAGCAUGGGACUAAAAAAAAUACUGAGUUCCCAUGAGGAAUUGAACCUCAGACCUUCAGAUUUUGCACUCCCAUGCUCAGUAUCAUUGAACCACAGAGACUCUACAGUGAAUGAGGUCUAUUAGGAAGUUCAUAUGACAUGCAUACUGCCAGGAUCAGCAAUGUCUAUAGCAUCAUGUUUGUAAAUAGUGAUUAAAAAUUACAUUAACCUUUUAACUCCCAAGAGUGACCAAGACAGAAUUUCUCCUUACAAUACCAAUACAAUAUCAACCAGAGAAGUGAUGAGAGUUAAGAAAACUAUCAAUUUGGGGAUAAUUAGUUGAUCCAAUACUAAAUUCUCUGAAUUAAAAUUAUAAGAAUUGUAUGGUUGACAGUAAGGAGAAUUUCAAAACUAAUUUGGACUGGGAGUUAAAGGGUUAACAGUAAUUUUAACAUAUUAUUUCUAUUCUCACUUACAGAUGGUUUAUGGCAUACCAAUCAGCAAUGUCAUUUAGAUUCAGCCAUUAUUUUGUGAGCUUCCUAUCAGAAUGUACAAGUGUAUUAAGUGGAAUUGGCACAGAAGUUAACCAAGAAGGAAAGCCAAAAACAAUCUGGUAAAAUAAUCAUUAAUUCCUGUGAUCACCACAUAACAUGUUCCAGUGAAAAGUUUAAUAGGAGGCCAGCUGUUUCUUGAAUACUUAACAGGACUCACCUUUUGAUUAAAAAAAAAAUUGCAUUAUGUUUAUUUUUUUGCAGCUAUUGUUGAAUGUAAUCAUGUUAAUGGGUUGAUCUGUUUCAUUGUUUUGAUUUUUCAUAGGAGGUAUGAUGUAGCACGACCCCAGCACAUUGAACUUCCUCGUUCCUUGGUGGAGGUAGUAGUUCAUUGGAAUAUACCAAUGCAUUUGUUUCUCAAAAAUUGUGAGUAUGUAGACUGCUGAAGGAGUUAAAAAGUAAGCAAUGGUCCACAAUUGUGUUUGGAAGUGACUCCGGAUCACUUGAUCAAGAAUGUUAAGUCAAGCUUAGUGGUCUAUUUGAGGGGAUAAUUAAGACAAAUCUUUUUUGAAAGGACAUAUGGUGGCAUAACCCUUUACACCCUGACAUCAGUAUGCAUAUUCUCCAUACUGUUCUCUAUGUAUUUCCUAAGGUGCUGACAAGGGGAAUUUGUUUAAUAAUCAAGAGCUUCAGUCUUUAGUUGGUGAUCAUUUUCUUUAGUCUUGUAAACAUAAUGUGUGAUUCAGGGGUGAUAUUGUAAGGAGAAAUUAGAUGCUGGUCACUGUAGGGAUUGAAGGGUUAACUGUUAGCAUGCUGAACUCCAGGCUAUGUGUAAUUUAGUAUUAUCAACUGAGUUGGUAUAAUUUGUAAAUAAGCCACCAUAAAGAGUUUCAAAGCUGACCUUUUGGGCGUAAGCCCUUCAUCAUUCACUCUGAUGAAGGGCUAUAUGACAAAGGGCCAACGCUCAAAAUAUCAGCUUUGAAACUCUUUAUGGUGGCCAAUUUACGAUAACAACUCAAUUGAUAAAUAAAUACUAAAUUACCUUGUUAUAAUCUCCCACUGAUGCAGCAUUACAGUUUCUUUAGAAAUUAAACUUAGCCCCUUCAUUAUUCAGGCCAAGUGGCCUAUAUAGUUUCCUGGCUUGUGCAUGUAUGUGUCAAGCAUGGGUCAACUGUAAUUGAAAAUGAUGUAUGCAUGUUUUCUUUUUCCAAUCACCAGAUGUGUUUAAGAAAGCUAUACCUCUUGGAAGAUUUUUUGCUGUUUUUUCAACAUUUGCAUUGAGUUCAUUACUUCAUGUAAGUAUAUAUCUUGGAAUGCUUGAGUUUAUAAUAGUGUUGAAAAUCUGACAGAUGAAGCUUGGUGCAAUAUCAGAUGACUUCUAAAGGUAUUGAAAAUCUCUCUGGAUAAUGAACUGAUUCAGUUUCAAAUAAUGAAUCAUAAGUUCGCUUGACUCCUGUGAACUUUAAAACAACUCUUUUUCAUGCAUUACACUCAUUAUUUAUGUUAUCUUGAAGGGUAUCAAUUUUCAACUUGCGGCAGUGUUGAUUUCUGUAGGAACAUAUGCUUACAUUGAACAUGGUAGGUGAACACCCAGCAUCGUUGUGUGAGAUCUUAGGAGAAAGCUUGAAUCUGUAACCAUUUCAUGUUGUAUUUAGCAUAAGAACACAUUUUUGUGGGGCAUUGUACAAAAAUGGAUAUUUUUCUUCUAGAAUUCUACAUCUUACUAACACUUAAUCUUGUCAGUGGUAUUUACUGAGGAAGAUUUUAUUAAUGAUAGAAGUAGUUGUCUAGGGUGACUGCAUGUGCAGGAGCACCUCUUGAACUCUUUGUUUUUUGGAAACCAAAAUACUAUUUGAAGGAAAUUUUUUCACUCAAAGCAAUUUAUGUAUCCAAGUUGAUCUUAAUUUCUUGUCUUGACAGUUUUGCGUCACAAAUUGGGGAAAAUUUUCAAUGCUUGUAUUCUAGCAAGAAAAUGCAGACCAGAGUGUGGACAUGUUUACAAAGAUGUGAGUAGUCUACUUAAAAAUCUUUUAAUCCUUCAUUAGGAUUCUGGAGCCUGUUUUUUUGACGGUCAGUGAUAAUUCAGGAUAAAAAGUUUACCUUGUUCUUGAUUUCUAUUGAUUGCAAUAUAGGGUAUAUUUUGGCUUACGUUUUUAGGAGACAUUUUACAAUUUCAUCUUACAAAACUGGAGGAAAAAAAUAUGUGAAAUAAUUCAACUGUCUGUGAAGCUAUGCAACUAAAAAACAAAAUUGCAGAAUAAUCCACUGUUACCUUAUUCCUUUAAAUCUCAGAGGUGAUUAACUAGUAAAUUCUCUCUACAAUAUCCAUACAUUAUCCAACAAAACAGCAAUGAGAAUACUCAAACUAAUCAGAUAAAAGUAUUUAUCUUGAUCUUAUAACGCCAAAUUCAUGUCACUAAUUUACAAAGAAAUGUAUAGCAGCUUGAGGGGAGAAUUAACAAUCAGAUCUUGGGAGUUAAUAAUUAAAGGGUUGAUCUUCCUUUGAUUAACUUGGCCCUGGGCUAUUUGUUACACUGCAUUCUUUUGGAUCUUUUAAGGUACAUGUUGUGUAAAAUGAAACAGCUGUUUGAUCAGCACUGUUUGCAAAUUUUAAAAAUUUUUUUUAUGCUCCAUCUUCUUUUCUAUAUUCUAUCUUCUUUCAGGGUAACUUUUGGGUGAUUGCUGCUAAUCUUGGCCUAAGCUUCCUUUCGGUCUUUCACCUGGCUUAUUUAGGCAUCAUGUUUGGGGGAGACUCAGAAAUCCAAGAAAAGGUCAUUAUGAACAAAAAUGAUUUUAUCACAGUAAAAAUCUUCCUUGCUAGGUUCAUUAUCUGUUUUCCUGUGAAACUGUGAGCUCUCUGUUUUGUGAGUUUCACAGUGAAAAUUGACUUUAAUUGUGUAGAAUUUUGAUGAAUGCAUUUAAUUUUGUGGUUUUAAUUUGUUUCAGGGUUAUGGCAUGAAUCACACUCUAGGCAAAUGGUCAGAUUUGGAUUUUGCCAGUCAUUGGGUGGCCCUGGCAACUUUUCUUUUGAGUAGAAUUAUUGGCUGA